AUCGCUACCGGUACCCGGGACAGGAAACCAGUUUAAUCAUACCCUAGCAACACUGCCCAAACAAGAUGUCCGUCGCCGGCGCCUUUUAAUGCAGACGUGACAUGUGUGCGUGUGGACCGUUGACGGUGAUAAUUUGUAAGCUGUGGGCUUAGGUGAGAUGAAACCUUGACUUUGAGAAUUCAAUGUGGACGAAACCAGUAAAACUGAAAGAAAAAAUCUGUCUGGAUCAAACUGAAGGAUAAUUCUGUGUGUAGAAGUUCAACAUGAGGUCUAAAAUGCCUGCCACUAGCCGUCAGCACCUCCCUGGCAAAAGCCAUCUCAAGAGUUGUACUCUCCAAUUUGAUCAACAAGGCAACAAAAGCAAAGUUAAGCGUUAUGGAAUUGAGGUGGUCAAAGGUCUGACAUGGAGAGGAUGGGAGCCAGGCGGAGAAUACACAAAGAAUAUCAUCCUCAAGAAUGUCAAUGUCAAGACGCAGAAGCUGACAUACAGCUCCCCAAGCAGUCGGUUCUUUUCUACACUUUAUCCAGAGCCAAUAAUUCUGAGUACUGGUACAAGCUUCAGCCUACCCAUCACCUUCCGACCACUUGAAAAAAAUGUGUAUUUGGACAAGAUUGAAUUCCAGACAACUGAAGGAGUUUUUGACAUUCCAAUUCAAGCAGUGCUACCUCAGCAUGAUCUUUCACUACCAGAGCACCUGGACUUUGGCAUGUGUGCUUCAAUGCACAAUCUUCAGAAGACAUUUGAGCUGCACAAUAUAAGUGAAUUAGCAACCCGUUUUGCUUGGUUGGUGUCCCAGCCAUUUGUACUUGAGCCAUCUGAGGGAACUCUUGCGCCUAAAGCCAAAUGUACCAUCCUGGCUACAUUCAAGCCGAUGUCUGCCUUGGUUUAUGAAACAGUAGCUGAAUGUCGAUAUGGGGAAGAUUUGUCACACAAGAAGACUCUUAGAUUGGAGGGUAUUGGUAAAUAUCCCCAUUUGUUGGCAAGUGCUCCUGGUAAGAACCCGAAGGCCAUGGACAACCUCAGCAUGGAGAAUGUUAUAUCAUUUGGAGAUGUUCCCAUUGGAACAGUAUCAGAGAAAUCACUGCUACUGUACAAUCUCUCACCGGUUGCUGUACCAUUCACAAUUGAGCAUCCUAGCAUCAACACAUCUAUUGAUACUGUCUUCCACUGUAGUCAAACAAAUGGAAUUGCUUCAUCUGAGAGUCUACUUCAGAUUCCAGUGAAGUUUCAGCCACAGAAUGUCAAUGAGGAGAGUGUGGAUUAUCUUCAUGUACAUGCCAUUGACAAAGUCAGCAAGACGGUGGUUAAGCUGGUUGGAAGAUGUUCAGGACCACAAGUUAGCCUAGGAAGCAAGAUUUUGAACUACGGUCUGAUUAGCACUGGCCAAUCAGGAGCAAGGAGUGUGGACGUUAUCAAUACGUCCAGUGUAGCAGCAGUAUUUCAGUUCAUGAUUGACAGUAACGGGAGUGCAUUCAAGUUUAGUGUUCACUGUGGCAAGAUUGAAGCAAACACUACUCAGACCAUCAGUGUUCACUUCAAGCCGACCCAUCCCAUUAAUUACUAUCGCAGGGUCACUUGUGUUGUGCAGAACCAGGAUGCCUUGUUUCUGGAUUUGAUAGGGACAUGCCAUACGGAGCUUGUCAAGCCAGCUGUAUUGCAGCCAGAGCAUCUGACCCGUUUCAGGGUACAUCUGACUCGUGGCUUUACUGUCUUCCCUCCUGAGCAAUUAAAUGAGAUUCUGAAGGAAGGUAAAUUACAGCUGGAUGACAAGGGCUGUCUUAUACACCAAGAAGCAGAAUCAGUUGAAACCUACCUCAAUCAAGAAGAUCCUGAACCAGCAAUGGCAGAAUGUUUCAGUGAUGGUUGCUAUGGAUCAACAAGUAAAACACUUCAUGUUGGUGUUGAUUCCGUCCAAGUCGACUUUGGCCAGUGCCUAAAUCUGGGUCACAUAGAGUCCAAGACUGUGAAUGUCACCAACCACACCAAGGGCAAGAUGACAGUGACAUGGAUGACAGAUGUUUCCAACGUCUUUUCAGUCACACCCAUCACAUGUGAUAUCCCACCCCUCAAGAUGACAUCUUUCAGGAUAUCCUUCAAACCAGGAGCACCCAAUCAAUUUUUUGCUGUAGAGCUCGAAGGAUACGCAUUUUACAAGAGCAUGCGAGACUAUCGUUUGGUACAAGAUGAGACCUUCUGCCCUCCAUGGUGUCUGACUGUCUCUGCUGUUGGUCAUACCUUUCAGCCAAACAGUGAAACCUUCUUGCCCAAACUCACCCUUGAUGCACAGAAAGUGGUUUUUCCAGCCGUGUAUUCAGGGGAUUCUUUUUACAAGACUAUUUUGAUGACCAAUAAUGGCUCCACACCAAUUCACUACAUGCUGCCAAAAGGCCCUUCAAGCACAUUCCAAGUCAAACCAACUAAAGGCCUCCUUCGAGACAAGUAUCAGCUAUUGGUUGUAAAAACCACACCUCAGCAGGAGAACAUGCAACAAAGACACCAGCUUCAGUUCCAAUUAAAUGAUGACAGUAAACACAACAGAACUAUUGAGUUAUUGGGCUCAUCUGGGCAGCCUAAUAUCCUACUAGAUUCAGAGGGAGUGCUGUUCUUAAAACCAACUUGCAUCGGUACUUCAUCCCAGCAUAGCUACGUAAUCAGGAACGUUUCCCGCAUUCCAUUACAAUUCACUUGGAAAUGUAGUCAAGAGGAGGAAGCAUUGAUCAGUGUGGAGCCAAAGACUGGGACCAUCCUGCCCAAUGAAAUUCAGGCUCAUGUUUGGACCUUUACGCCAAAAGAAGAAAGGAAGUAUGUUUUGAAACCGUAUGCUUAUGUGGAAGACAUCAGACGUAAGGGAGACAUGAAGCGAAGAAAGCAGUUUAAGCUGCGAGUAGUAGGAGAAGGCUCAAUGGGAGAAAUCAAGGCAGAAGAAUCAACUAUUGAUCUGUCAGAUGUUGUCAUUGGCAAGACAGUCAAUCGUGAUCUGGUCAUCCUCAACAACAGUAAAUGUAAUCUUCACUACCAGCUAUUCGUAGAUCAAGAAUUACAGGGAAGUUGUGCACAGGAAGCUUGUCAGCAAGAUGCAUUGGCACUUGAGCUGGAUGUGUGCAAAGGAGUUCUACCUGCCCGGUCCCGUCACAUGGUCCAUACCACCAUACGUCCUCUGCAGCGUAUUUCUUACACGUUCCACCUGUCCUAUCAGCUUAUGUCACCAACAGGUCACCCCUUAUCACAAGACAAGCAGAAGCUUUGCACUGUCAGUGUUGUUGGGGUUUAUCCCACUUUGAAGGUGACUGAUGCUAGAUGUUAUGGCAGUGCCAGUGGCAUUAGUAAAGCAAGGGUGUGGAGCUUGUUUUCUUUGGACAAACUAAACAUGUGUUUGGAGUCAGAUCCAUCCCCUGAAGAGCUGACAUAUCCUAAUGUGAUGUGUCGCAGUACAACACGGAAAUCACCUAUAAAUACACGAGCCAUCAUGGACUUCAACUUCAGUGGAGCUCCCCAAGACAGCAAGCCAUGCAUUGUUCAUCUUAUGCUGGAGAAUAUAGGCACAGUCCCCACUGAAUGGUCAUUUUCAUUCCCUGCUGAUCUUCAGCUUGAGCUUGAGUAUUGGGCGGAGACAGGAGAUUUUGAUGCUGAUGAAUUACAUGAGAUGAGGAUCAUGGACAACAAGUUGUUUUGUGUUGAACCUCGCUGUGGCAAGCUUAGACCAGGACAGUGUCAGACCAUCACCUUCACUUACAAACAUAGUUUCCCUGGUACAGACAGACUGCCCAUGCUCUUCAAAAUGACCAGAGGCAGAGAAAUCCUGCUUAAUUUUGUGGGUGUGACAGUGGAGCCUGAUCGCAAGUAUGUACACUUUCCCAGCAACAAACAUAUGUUUGCUCCAGUUCCUAUUGGUGUGGCAAGUCAUCCAAAGCAGGUGUAUGAGCUCUACAAUGGUGGUGCUAUUCCUGUAACUUAUCAGCUUGAUCUGACAACUUUAGAGUAUACUUUGCAGGAAAACUUCAGUCAUAAAGUCUUUGAGUGCCUGAAUCCGUACGGUGAGAUCUCAGCUGGGGAAACAGCUAAUGUUGAGUGGAUAUUCUCACCCCUGGAAGCUAAGACGUACAUGGUUGAUGUACCUAUCCAUAUCAUCGGUGGUGACACAGCUCUGAUCACUUUUACUGGAGUUGGUUAUGAUAAGAGAAUCAUGGGAAAAUCUAUGCCCAUGACAGCUGGAAUGGAGUUAAAUGAUGUACCACCCAUGCAGGCCAUCCCCAUGCCAGGCCAGCUAGUGUACCUGAGUCUGGAACGAGUUGCAUUUGGGAAUGUACCAUUGUUCUGUCAGUCCCACCGUGUCAUUGAGAUGGUCAAUCGUUCACCAAGUCACAGUUUGUCGUUUGAGUGGUAUGUGACUUCAGAGACACAUCGUCAGAUCAUAGACAUUCAACCUGUCACUGGAGAAUUGCAGCCUGCACAAUGCUGUACAUGUAAAGUAACAUUUAUUGCCAUCGGAGAGCCAUCAUUCUAUGACCUGGAUAUCGUGUGUGAGGUUACCAAUGAGACUGAAAUGGCAAAAUACCUGCAGAUACUUGAGUCAUGGGAGCAAGAAAAGGAGCGGCAGAAGUAUGAGUUCACUAUCACUGACACGGAUAUGCCCGAAGAGCAGACCAAGACGAACAGCAAGCUGUGUUGUACUCUGAACUCCAACUGCAAUGAUAAUCCAGACUUUCAGCAUUACCAGACCCUACCACCAAUCAAGUAUGUCAAAUCUAGCAGAGAAUUGGAUGAGGCUGAGAGGGCACAAAGUCAGACAGACUCAGGAACACCAAUCUGGGAUAAACCAGAAGCACCGGGCAAAUUUUUACUCCAUCUAGGGGUCUCCGGACGAACACAUACUAUUGCUGAGUUUCAGAGCAACUUUCCAAAUGAAGUGCAAAAUUUCUUCAUUGACAGGACAAUGGGUGAAAGAUUUAAUCUUGGCAGUCAAGAGGUAAAGAAAAAAGGCCAAGCAACUUCAGUAACAGCUACUGCAGAGGAACAAGAGCUAGUUUGCGGCGUCACCGCCAACGUUAUCAGAGCUCUCUUGGAUGACCAUGAUUUCCAUGAAGCAUUGAAGGACAUCUGCAAUGAGCCAGUACCAUACUUCAUGCAAUUUGGGGACCGUCCCCAAGCUCUGGGUCAGCAGUCUUCCAAGUCGCCCCCCAUUGAAACCCCCCAACCACUUACUCUACCGAAUGGUCCUGCUACAUCCCAUGUAGAGAUUCAAACUAACUCUCGCCCCUCAUCUAGCAAAUCAGAGGCGUUGGCCACUUCAGAUGACUACAAAGCUUGUGAAGUCACUGCUGUCAACCCUGGUAGAAUAGAUUUAGCUUUAGUGAGGUCCCAGACCCAGUCAUCUGGGGCCCUACACACAGAGGCGGAUUAUCAACAAAGUUUGAGGGAAGAACAGAAGAGACUGGAGCAGCAGGCUCUUAAAAGGCUGCCUGAGUUUGCUACUCUGUUGGAGUCUGUUCUUGAGAAUUGCCUUUUCAACAUUGUCACUGAAGCAGGCACUGGAGAAACCAAUUUGACGGCACGUCCUCGUCUGAUUGCUCUGCCACCGAGUAGUAUACCACUUGCAUCGCCAGAUCCCCCAAAUGCUGCUCCUACUGUGAGGAUUGGCAUUAAAAGGACCAAUAGUGCCAUCCAAUCCACAUAAUCUGAGUUGCAGAAGCUUCUCGCAGAAGAUGGAGUUUGCAGUGUUGUUGCUGUGUUGAGAGAGAGUUGUACAUGUUCAGCAUUUGAAUUGUUGAAUUGAAAUUUGAAAUUGAUUUGAUUUGAAAUUGUUGUUGACCUAGACUGUUGCCAGGAUUAGGGCAUAUUUUCUCUGAUGCGUAAGGGCGGGAAAGAUUUUUGAGGUCAGCUUAGAUCAGGUUACAAAGUUUGGGUCUCAUUAAACAUUAUUCUCCCAAGUUUAUUUCAUGAAACCCUCUUGUUUCCUUACAAAACAAACUGUACUAUAGCCCCCAAACAGUUAAGAAUUUCUGUGUAAGGGCCCAUGUAGCAACUACUCACACAUUUAGAGAACUUGUUAAGAAAUUUAAUCAUUUGAUUGACACUGUUAGCCUACAUUUACAUGCACAUGGGCAACAGGCACAGCCCUAAUUUGCACUUUAUUCUAGGAAUUUGGAAUUCUAGUCUUUCAUCGGUUGGAUUAUUUUUGUGUUUUAGCACAGUAGACGUACGUGUACUGUACGUGCAAAACAGUGAACAAAAUGGUACCGAUAAAUGACUUAAUGUUGAGUGCUCAGCUCACUUUUGUCUAGUCUUUUACACUUGAUCACCAUAUAGUUGCACAAUUUGGCCCAAAUAACCAGAUUGCAAUUUUACUAUGUUCUAGUGCUGAGCAGGGAAUUAGUGCAUUUAAGGAAAAAGCAGCCAUCAAGUGCACAGUUAUUAUUAUUAUUCAUUAUUCCGCUCAACAUGAACUUUGUUUACACAAUACGCUUGGGAAACGCAACUUAAAUGAAGGAUGUAAUGAUGGCUCUGGAGAGUUUGUUUUUCAACAUUUUAACUGGAGAGAAGCUUACAAUGAAGACUUGUCACCUUUCAAGACUGGCAGUGAAACCAUUUUCCCAUAGGAAAGUUCAUAACGUAUCCCCAGACGGCUGUGUAAUUAAUGGGCCCCCAGCUGUACUGAGAGAGGGCAUAAUUUUCCUAUCAACAGAGGCUUCUUUGGUGGUAACUGACAUAUCACUGGUUUAUGAAAAAAAAUGCAAACAAUUCAGUUGCAUCUUUAACACCACCACAAACAUGGCUUUUUUAACCAAUGAGGGGGUGCUUUUGCUCAAGGGUAAUUUUUAAAAUGCCCCAUGGACAUGUAACCAAUUUUUGUCCUUCCGUUUCAUUUUCCAGUCUUGUGAUUUUUAAAAGCACCUGCAUUCGUGAAAUGGUGCUACAUGUUCCACCCUUUUUGGGGAUGGGGAUUAUUGAACAUAAUUGAAAAAAAAUGGACUGUUAUUGAGAAUGUUAUUCUCCCAUCUCCAACAUGGAUAUGCCAGUGCUUUUGUGCAGUAGUUUUAGCAAUUAUUUAAGUACAAUUGACAUAUUAUAGCAUUGCAGACACUGCUGAACAGAAAGGUUCUGGUUUUCUUAGCGCCUCAUGAAAAAUGCAUUUUCUAAGCAUACUUUUGAAUUUAAUUUUUCUAAAUGUGUAUAGAGGUCCAUGUUUGAAACUAAAAAUGUCAUGGCUACUUCUGCAAUUACUAGGGUUGGCCCAGGUCAGUGUAAUUAGCUUAGAUCAAACGGUAGAGGGAGUACCUGCAGGUCUGUGAAAGGAACAAAUCAUCACCGAUGUUCAGGCUGGGCCAGAUCAAGAUAGAAAACAAAGGGGUUUUCCAGGUUCAGGGAAAAAAAGAUCUUAAAUUAAUUUGCUGGGAGUCAUUUAUGGAAUUUUGUAGUAUACUGUGAUGACGUAUAAAAAAAAAAUCCAAUUUCUGCUAUUAAAUGAAAAGGUUAUGGGGAAUUUUAUUUGUAUUGUACCCAGACCUGUCUAUACCAUCUGUCGAAAAGUUACCACCAGAGGUAGCAAAUGAAUUUGGAUUGGGCUCAGUAUUGCAUUUAUACUUGAUACCUUGGGCUUGAGUGUGAUAUGUGCAUUGUAAAGACUUUCAUGCAUAGCAUUUUAUAGCCGGAAAAUAUGGGAUUUUAUUAAAAUUUUAAAUCCUCUAUAUUAUCAUUCUAUUCAUAACAGAUUUGUAAAAGUAUUUUUAAAUGAUGAGAGUUGUUAAGUGGUCCCUGCACAUUCCAGUGGAGGAACAGACCUUUUUUCAUGGGAAGGUAUUUCAAUUGUUCUGUGAAUCUGUCUUCUUCGAUGUUAAAUGGGGUGGUGUCAGACUGUGUUAGAUUCCAAUCCUUCAAUUUUAAAUGUUAUAUCAUUUAGAUAACAGCAUUAAUUUGUAAUAGACUUUUAUUUCAUUGCUGUUAUUUUGUAUUGUAAGGUUCCCAAAAUGAAAACUUAAUCUCACUUUCUGUUGAAGAUGGCCAACGCUUGAAUUCAGGGCCUGUUAAUUUGUUUUACAGGGAUCUCAAUCAGUGAUCCCGUUGCUGGUUCAUUCCAUUCAUUGGGCAGGUUGUGGUGUCAGUAAACUAACAAGAUUUGAAACGAACAGGCCCACAGUCUAAUUUGGAACCAGCAUGUAGCUGCAUAGCUGUGAAUGCAAAACUAUCCAGGGCAUGCUGAAGUACGGACACUAGUCUUGGCUGAAGACUGGAUUUGCAUUGCAACUCCAGUAGAAUUUGUCUCAAUCAAUAUUGGAACCCUCUACUGUUACUGCGAUUCAGCUGUGUUAGCAGCUCAUGCCAGCCCUGUGGUGUAUGAAGACAAAAACAAUGUAGAUAUACCAGUGUGGGCGGUAUCUGUACAUGUACAUGUCCCCUUUACUGUUGAAUAUUUGGAAUAUAUACAGACAGCAUAUCUCAAGUACUACUUUGGAGGUGGCAUAAAUUGGAUGCAUACCAAGAUGGCAACAACAGAUGAUUAAAAGAGCAUUUUUCCUUUCUGUGUGGUUGCCAUAUUAUUUGUUUUAUUUGGUGUUUGGUGCCUUGUCAUUCAAUAAUCAACAUGGGACUUAAUGUACCAAUGCCCGUUACGUUCCAUACAAACUGCAUUUUAACACAUAUUUUUUUACAUGGACAUGGCAAAAGUGAAACCGGUCAUUUCAAAGUACACAUAUGUAAUUAGUGCAGCAACACUGAGAGCUUGCAUUAUUAAUGGGGACUGAACAUGGGAAAGUAUCAUUUGGGGAAUCCAGCCCAUAACAAUAAACCUUAACUUUGAAAAUGGUUUUGUGUACACUGCCUUUUUAAUUUAUUUUCUUCGUAUAUUAAUCAAAUAGAUACAGAUAUUACACAGUCUGGUACUUUAUCACUGAUUGCAGCAUCCAAACUGAAAGUUUUGUAAUUGUCUUUUUUUUUUCAUUGCAUUAAAUGUAGCUUGUGUUUUACAUUGAAGAUUGUGUACAUGAAGUUAAUGUACAUUUGUGUCAAAAAUGAAAACAUGUUGUGUAUCACUUAAGGGACAAAUACUGUUUCCAAUUUCAAAUGGAGCAGUCAUUAAGGAGAACCUACAGUCAUUCGAAAUACAUUCUUUACUGCAUUAGUUUUGUAAUUCAUUUAAUGAACAGGCAAUUUGAACUUUAAGUUGUGUUGUACUGUCUACCUUGCAUUAUCUCCAAAUAAAAUUGCAUUUUGCCAUGAAA